UUAUCGCAAUGCAUGCUCGCGUGUGUCACCAGGUAUACAAGGGUUUUUUUUAUGCCACGGGGGUUCAAACUUCAAGGCUGCAGGUAUAUAUACUAUCGAGAAGCCAGCUGUGCACACGGGUCAUAGUAUACCGAACAAACAUGGAGUCUACGCCUCUACUAGCAGGCAAUGGUCAAGAAGAGAAGUCUAAACUGGGAAAUCUCUUCAAAGCCAACGUUGUGUUUCUGAUUGUUCAUUUGUCUGUCAAUAUCCACGAGCCAUUGGCAACACAAUAUAUGUACACCAGAUUCUCGGAUGAGCUGUUCGGUAACAGCACAGUCCACUCUACAAACCAAACAUCUACGUGUUAUCUCAACGAGUCGGAUCCAGGAUACAUAUUACAAGAAAAGGUUCAAGAAAGGACAUCAAACUUUCAGACGGUACUGACAGCUAUGUCAAGCCCUAUUCUGCUCAUUAGCUGUAUGUUCCUCGGGUCAUAUUCUGAUUUUCUGGGUCGAAGGUUUCUUUUUAUUGUACCUUUAAUCGGAGUGAUUCUGAGGUACAGCACGUUGACCAUUGUCAUUUGCUGGGAUCUGGAUUUGAGGUACAUGUACAUUGGUGAAGUUAUUGAAGGAAUAAGUGGAGGGUACCGUGGUGUGAUUCUAGCCAGUUAUGCCUACACGGCUGACAAUACACCACCUAAGAAUUCCAGGACAGUUGGAAUCGCUGUGAUAGAUUUCACCUCCAACCUGUCUUCUGCAAUCUCACAGCUCCUGACUGGAUACUUCAUCAAAGACACAGGAUUCCUUUAUCCCUCUUUAACUGCUUCAUCACUCAUGCUUCUGUCCCUAAUCCUUGUCAUUGCUCUUCUCCCAGAAACUAUCAACACAGAUAGAAGAUCCCAAUACCCAUCUCCGGUGAAGGCGGUGAAAAAUGUCUUUGGAUUCUACUUUUCGAAAGAUUUUGGACCAAAGAGAAGUCUUUUCUGGCUUUCAACUGCAGCGUACUUUGUAAUAUAUUUUACUACUAGUGGAGUGUACUUUGUAAAAUAUCUUUUCCAACUGAACCAGCCAUUUUGUUGGGGUCCAGAACUCAUCGGCUAUUUCAAUAUGGCGGCGUCCCUUUCCAGACAAUUACUAGGAAUUCCAGUCAUCAAACUCUUCCAUCUGUGCACGUCCGACCCUGUGAUAUGUAUCAUAACAUCCCUUAUACGGGCAGGAGCUUAUGUCCUAGAGGGCCUGGCCGACACUAACUUCAUGCUUUUUGCAGCUGUUUUGCCAAAUGGUAUUGCUUCCCCUCUGCUCCCGGCAGUGAGAGCUAUCAUGUCAAGGAUGGCGCCUGCAGAUAUGCAGGGAUCACUGUUUGCCGGAGUUGGGCUGAUCAACAUCCUCUCAGAAGGUUUAGGCCUACCAGCUUUCAACCAGAUGUAUGAUGCAACUGUAAAGAUAUUCCGUGGUUUCGCCUUCCUCGUCUGUGCUGCUUGUCAUUUGUUGGCGAUAGUUAUCAUAGUGGUGUUUCUGUGUUUGUCGCGCCGCACCACCGACAUUAAUACCUCCAUCAAUGUUGCCAUCAAUGACUCCGAUCGGUAGUCCCAAGGUCAACGCCAUUAGUGACAAGGCGAUGUAAUGGCAUUGGAUGAUGCCUAUGAAUGGAGAAGACAUACGACCAGAGCAUAACAUGACCUCUUCCGAUACAGUCAAUGUAUAGUAGUCCAGAUUACCGUCGAGCGUCUCCAUAUUGGAAUAAUAUUUUUUUGUUUUGAUUUU